UCUUAGCAAAAAACGAAACGUCAAUCAUCUCAAUCUCAAGAGUUCGUCCAUAGUUCAAAUACAGCCAAAAUUAAAUGGAAAGAGCACUGGUUCAGAUAAAGAAGGCAGUAAAGCUUCAGAUUAUGAUGGUUUGACAGAACGUUUAGCUGACCUGGAUUUGACAGAACGUUUCUCUGACCUGGAAAUUGGGUUAGAAUUUAAUUUAGAGUUGCGUGCAGAAGAUUUAAAGUUUUUAAAUGAAUUAGGCGCGGGCAAUGGUGGUACAGUAUCGAAGGUUAUGCAUGUGACUACAAAGAAAAUAAUGGCUAAAAAG